ACCAAAUGAGUGGAAAUUACUAGAUAAUUAUAUAGUUGACAAUAAUAAAUUUACUAGAGAGCCUUAUGUUGUCCAAUUUCAUCAUCGGAAAAAACCAAAUGUAAAAAUUACACUUAUUGGAUGUCAUGCAAAGCCAGAAAAUGUAUACAGUGAAAUAAAAGCAUUAGUGACUGAUGUAUAUACUUAUGUUAAAAAGAAAUCAGAAAAAAGAAGUGGUCUGUCUCGCUUAUUUAGCUUACUAUGUUUAAAGACAAAAGAAUCAGUUUUUGAAAACAAUUGUGAACUUAUAAUUCUGAUGGGUGACUUCAAUGCUUUGGGUCCUUAUCUUAAUAAAACAAAGCAAGAUGAACUUGAUAAAAUAUUGAAUCAAAAUAAGUUAAUAUGGGGAACAAUUCAGAUUGACGAAGAUUUGAACACCAGCAAAGAUAACAAUAAAACUAGAAAAGAUAAAGUAGAUGAAUGCACUAAGAAUUUUAAAAAAAUAUUAGAAAGCUACACUAUGAACCAGGUUAAUAAUGAUGAAAUCGAACCAAUAGAUUGGCAAAGAAUUGUUAAGAUUGUU